AUGGACAGUGGAGUCAUGGACAGUGGAGUCAUGGGCAGUGGAGUCAUGGGCAGUAGGGGCAUGGGCAGUAGGGGUGUGGGCAGUGGGGGUGUGGGCAGUGGGGGCAUGGCUAGUGGGGGCCUGAGCAGUGGCGUCAUGGGCAGUAGGGGCAUGGGCAGUGGGGGCCUGGGCAGUGGGGGCAUGGGCAGUGGGGGUGUAGGCAAUGGGGGCCUGAGCAGUGGCGGCAUGGGCAGUGGGGGCAUGGGCAGUGGAGAUAUGGGCAGUGGGGAUAUGGACAGUGGAGGCAUGGGCAGUGAGGGCAUGGCUAGUGGGGGCCUGAGCAGUGGGGGCAUGGACAGUGGGGGCAUGGGAAGUGGAGGCCUGAGCAGUGGGGACAUGAGCAGUGGAGGCUUGGGCAGUGGGGGCUUGGGCAGUGGGGACAUGGGAAGUGAGCAGUGGAGGCAUGGGCAGUGGAGAUAUGGGCAGUGGGGAUAUGGACAGUGGAGGCAUGGGCAGUGA